UCUUGUCCUCGCAAUCAAGCGGGGAGCCGGUGUUCAGAGAAAACAGCGGCCUGGAUUCGUGUGACGGGGUUCGGGUUAGACUAAAGGCCGUAGUUUCGCUCAGAAAUAAUUACGGAUGCACUCCUGACAGCUGUUUGCAUAUUAAUACAAUACAUUGUGUGUACAUAAAUAGCAAAAUACGGUAACCUCAGGCACUGCAACAGUAGACAUCUAAGCUACCACAUUCAAUUACUCCGGCUCCCGGUCACCACUAACAUCGGAGGGCACCGUAUAACAUUCUUUAAAAAAGAAAGAAAGAAAAAAAAAAUCGCAUUCUAGAACUCUUAUAGUAACAAUUACUGAUUUGGUACAAUUCCAACGAGUUGUGAAACGAACCACGUUUUAGUAAGAUUGAAACAUACCACUACGCAUAUAUUACCUGUUCUAACGAUUCCUUGAAACAGCUACGACGCGGCUUUACCACCAUAACCUCAUCUAAUAAAGAACAUAUGUUAUUGUAUAUUAAACAAUAACACAACGCACUCCUCCCAAAAAAUUGUUACUGAGGUUUCAAUGCGCACAGUAGUAGCACCCAGUUAGCCCUUGAAGUCACAAAAUAUUUGAAAUUUGUAACAUUUUUUGGGCACCAUCUAAUUCACAUACCUGGUCCCUGUUUUUAAAUUAUUUUGAAGAAUUGGUUUCAUAUGCACAAAAACUUCCUUUGUCUUUUAAAGGCCUUAAAAUUGACAUUAUUUCUCCUGUGGAGAUCUUGCAUAGCUAUUUCCUACCCAGUUCAUUACCCUGUAUAACUUGAAGGGUGAUGCACACAGCUGCUAGCAGUUACCCCAUGGCGUCCCUGUAUGUGGGUGACUUGCAUCCUGAUGUUACAGAGGCUAUGCUGUAUGAGAAGUUUAGCCCUGCAGGGCCUGUUUUGUCCAUUCGAGUCUGCAGGGAUAUGAUCACCCGAAGAUCACUGGGAUAUGCUUAUGUAAACUUCCAGCAGCCUCCGGAUGCUGAACGGGCUUUGGAUACCAUGAACUUUGAUGUGAUCAAAGGAAAGCCUAUUCGCAUUAUGUGGUCUCAGCGGGAUCCUUCCCUCAGAAAGUCUGGUGUGGGCAAUGUUUUCAUCAAGAACCUUGACAAAUCCAUUGACAACAAAGCACUUUAUGAUACAUUUUCUGCUUUUGGAAAUAUACUUUCGUGCAAGGUUGUGUGUGAUGAGAAUGGCUCAAAGGGUUAUGCUUUUGUACACUUUGAAACCCAGGAUGCUGCAGAUAGAGCCAUAGAGAAGAUGAAUGGCAUGCUACUCAAUGACCGCAAAGUGUUUGUUGGACGUUUUAAAUGUCGUAGGGAGAGAGAGGCGGAGCUUGGAGCCAAAGCCAGAGAGUUCACCAACGUUUACAUCAAAAACUUCGGAGAAGAUAUGGACGAUGAGCGCCUGAAAGAGACUUUCAGCAAAUACGGGAAGACUCUGAGCGUUAAGGUGAUGACUGACCCCAGUGGCAAGUCCAAAGGGUUUGGCUUUGUCAGCUUUGAAAAGCACGAAGAUGCAAAUAAGGCUGUGGAUGACAUGAAUGGAAAGGACGUGAACGGGAAGGUGAUGUUUGUUGGCAGAGCACAGAAGAAAGUGGAACGUCAGGCAGAGCUCAAAAGGAGAUUCGAGCAACUGAAGCAAGAGAGGCUUAGCCGUUACCAAGGGGUGAAUUUAUAUAUAAAGAAUUUAGAUGACACCAUUGAUGAUGAAAAGCUUAGAAAGGAGUUUUCACCCUUUGGAUCAAUUACUAGUGCUAAGGUAAUGCUAGAGGAAGGACGAAGCAAAGGUUUUGGCUUUGUGUGUUUCUCAUCCCCUGAAGAAGCCACUAAAGCUGUAACUGAGAUGAAUGGUCGAAUAGUGGGUUCCAAGCCUCUCUAUGUGGCAUUAGCUCAGAGAAAGGAAGAACGCAAAGCUCAUCUUACCAAUCAGUAUAUGCAGCGCAUUGCGGGUAUGAGGGCACUGCCUGCCAACACACUUAUUAACCAGUUCCAACCUGCACCUGGGGGAUAUUUUGUUCCAGCUGUACCACAGGCCCAGAACAGACCUACAUACUAUGCACCUAAUCACAUGGCUCAAAUGAGACCUGGUCCUCGCUGGCAGCAAACUGGACGCCCUCAAGGUUUCCAGCCCAUGUCUAAUGCACUUAGGCAGAGUGGGCCUCGUCAAUCACUUCGUCACCUACCGCCUUCCAGUACUCAGGGCUCCCGUGGCAUCCCCAGCAUAACACAGAGAGUUGGGGUGUCUUCUGCUACACAGACCAUUGUCCCUCGUCCCCCAGUUGCCGCUGCUCCUCGUGCUGUGCCUCCUUACAAGUAUACACGCUGCCCACUCCCUGGAGUUCAGGCAAUACAGACUCCCCAGCCAGCUGUGCACGUACAGGGACAGGAACCUCUCACUGCUUCCAUGCUGGCUGCUGCUCCUCCUCAGGAGCAGAAGCAGAUGUUGGGAGAACGUCUUUUCCCUCUCAUCCAAUCCAUGCACCCCUCAUUGGCGGGUAAAAUCACAGGAAUGCUGCUGGAGAUAGAUAACUCAGAGCUGUUACACAUGCUGGAGUCCCCUGAAUCACUGCGCUCUAAAGUAGAGGAGGCAGUGGCUGUUUUGCAAGCUCACCAAGCCAAGAAGGAUGCUGCGCAAAAAGUGGGGAUCGUUGCUACCUCCUGAGCCAGGGUGACCUGGAUCAAAGAAGCCAAAUAAUCCCAGGAUAUGUGAGGGUUUUGAAAAUGGCUGCCAAGUCUCACCUUUACCACAUGCUGCUUAUCUCGGCUGGAGAUAUUGUCUUGUUUGUAUAACAUGUGGUAUAUGCACUUUGUUGCUUUAUGCCCUGGAGUUGAGAAGUUGCAUCUUGGGUGAGCGCCACAAAUUCUUUAUAUGGAGAUAUCAGCAGUCAUGUUUUUAUUUUUGGUGGUUUUAGUUCGAAAAAUUUGGAUGUAACCUGAAAACAAUUUCUCUGAAAUAAACAAUUUUAGAAUUAC